AUGUCGUUCACUUGCUUCCCUCAACUCCCAACAGAGUUGCGCCUGAAAGUUUGGAAGCAUGCGCUUCCUGGUCCCCGAACAAUCACGAUAUACACCUGCAUCCCUGGACCGCCCGACAGACAGGUGCGGGGACCAGCCCGGCUUGCUGCACGAGCACCCGAGGAAAGCACUUUAAAUGUGAUGUAUUACACUUGCAAAGAUGCCCGUUCCGCGGUCAAGGGCUUCUACGAAUCCCACUUCGGCGCACAACUCGGAGAUUCCAUCUGGUUCAACAACGACGUUGACACGAUCAGUUUCGAUCAUAUAACGGCCGCAUAUCGUUACUUCAAGCUCUGCGAGGCCUAUUCGCUCAACAACCAAAACCCUCUUAGCAAAAUCACCAAGCUGAAUAUUGCUUACCCUAUCGAUGGAGGCCCAGUAUACCACUCCUCUUUCUUUAGCCGCGUCUUGUGUCGUCUUAUCUACUUCGCUAUGAAACUGUGUCCGGAUCUGAAGCAAUUCACCUUUUUCAUGCAUUCGAAUUUGGAUAUCGAUCAAAUGAACAACUGGCUAAGUAGGGUUUCUCGAGAUGCGGUUGGAGGUCCAUGGAAUCUGGAUGAUUUGAAGUUCGAGCUUGUUCGCCUGCAGGCUCCUCCGAAUGCGUAUUCUCCACUUGCUUAAGUAGCAGAUAUGGAGUGGACGAUCAUAGGUAUGGG